AUGUAUACGAGACAUGUAUCUUCAAAGCACUUUCCGACGUCGAAAUGCCAAACUCGACAAAAGGCAUGCUCUCCAGGAAGCCAUGGCGCUGCAAAUGAAGUCUGGCAACUAUUAGGGCUCGCCACCUGUCACCUGUGCACAAUAGUCCGACCAUAUCCUUCUUGA